AUGUCACCAGACCUUUUGCUUGACCCUCAGCUUAAGUAUUGGGUUCUCCUCCCGAUAUCUUUUGUGAUGGUUUUAGUUGGGAUAUUACGUGCCAAUGUCACUCAAUUGAUGAGCGGUGGUCCAAAGUUGACGCCAUUCAAGAAAUUCAGAGAACAACUGUUUUUGGGAAGAGUUGGUGCCUUUAGAGCAAAUAACAGUGUUUUGACGGAACAAGAAUUCCAGCAAAGACAGGAGUAUUUCAUCGCUACCUUGAACACAGAUCAUUUUUACUCUGAACCCAUCAGUGAAGACGAUAAACCUGCCAACCCAUUCACAGAUCCAUCUACAAAUGAUGCGAUGAUGAAUAUGAUGAAGGGCAAUUUAAUGAAUUACAUCCCACAGACUUUAAUUAUGGGGUGGAUUAACUAUUUCUUUGCUGGGUUUGUCAUUAUGAAGUUGCCAUUCCCAUUGACUGACAGUUUCAAGCAAAUGUUGCAGAAUGGUGUUGCUACACCAGAUUUGAAUGUUCGUUACGUUUCGUCUAUAUCUUGGUAUUUCGUCAACUUGUUGGGAUUGAGACCAAUUUACACCAUUUUGUUGCAGGACUCCAGCGCAGUAGAUGCCUUGAUGCAGCAGCAGCUGCAGACUCAGCAAGUUCCAACGAUUGGAGGACCCGGAGGCCCCAAGGUGGAUAAAGUGUAUAAGGCAGAAGCAGAAAACCUUCAAGUUGUAGACCACAAGUCUAUAUUUGAUGGCAUUGUGGAGAGGGUCUUGGAAGCCAACUAA